CUUUUCCAGGACCAUCGAAAGUAUUCGUUCGUAUUACACAGAAGCAGAUGAUCUAGAAAUGCGUGAACUGGACCCCAAACAAGGCUCUGUUCUUCCUGAUGUCGGCUUCACCCUCCCACCCCUCCUGGGCUCAAAUAUCGAUGAGCAUUUCCAUAGAAUUGGCAGCCAGUCUGCAUGGCUAAACAUUGCGAACGAUUUUGCGGCCAACGAACUUCCUCCAUAAACCGAUCAUUGGGCCAUUCAAUCGAGAUGGACGAAAUAUUACUUCCUUGUUGAUGGUUUGAGCUACAGCGAGCAUGUCCAG